AUGUUUCCUUGGUCCGCGGUUUUCUCCCUGGAGCCCAAGGUCCCUGGCCAGCGCACAGCGGAGGAGCUGGUAACCAAUACUCUAAUGUUGGAGCUGGGGGCCAUUGUGAAACGCACCGAACGCAUCCGUUUAGAGAGGAUCACUGAGGGCCUUCGCCGCCGUCGCAGCUCCUCCUCCACAGCUGACUACAGCUGGCUGGCCGACACCCCCACCCCACAGCCCUAUGAGCUGACCCCCAGCGACCUGCUGGAGCUGCAGGAGCUCUGUGCCAAGAUCCCUCCGGCACAGUGUGGCCCUUUGAUCGUCAGGUUCAGGAGGAUGGUGUCCCAGAUGGAGCCUGAGGUUCACGAGGUGGCCCGGCUGUUUCGCUCGGUGCUGCGCGACUGCGUGGACGAGAUCAACGGAAACGAAUACAUUCAGGAGCAGGACAUCGUGUUAGAGAAGCAGCAGCGCAGCAGGAGCCUCUCCUUUGUAAAUUUCCGCACAAAGUUUCGCACGGGGCACUUCUUCAAAGGCAGCGGCAUGAGUGGUUCCAGGGGGAACCUGCAGCAGCAGGUGGACUGGUAUGAUGAGGAGGAGGAGCAGGAGGAGGAGGAUGGAGCAGAGGAGGAGAUCAUCAGGGCCAGGGCAAGGAAAGGAAGGAGCAUGAGCAUGCCAGAGAUUACCCCUAUUGAGCAAAGUGCCCAGGGGUGA